AUGGGACUGUGUGUGAAACCACUCUUAUUCUCCAUCCACCCACCCAUCUACUCUCCCACACACCUCUCUCCCUCCCCUCUCUCCUCAAGUCCCGCUCCUAUUUUCAUCCACAAUUCCAUUACUCAAUCAGCCCCUCUCACACUCGCGCUCUCUCACCCUCCACCCUCUCGCUCUCCCACUGUCUCACUCCCCCACCCUCCCUUGUUCCACUUGCCAGUCCCUCCAGCUUCUAACCACUCUUGCACCCCUUAUCCUGUGUCCGCUUUGUCAAUGCCACUUGCACCUCUCCUCCCACCCAACUCUCCUUGCUCCCAGCUGAUCCCCCCCCACUCUUCCCCACCAUCUCUCCCCCCUUUCUUGCACUGCAAUCAUCUGCACCGCACACCACCUAGGGAGUUAUCCAAAAACUCCUUCUCCGGCCCUCUCCCCACCACGCUGAGGGAACUCCCCCGUCUGGAAAUACUGUGCACCACACUGUCUCGUGCCAGCGUCCCCUCACUUACCUUUGCCACUUCCUCCCCUCACUUGGUGGCCUCUGUUGCCCCUUUCACCUGGUCACUGAACCGCUCUCUCGUUCCUUCCGCCUGCCAUGCUUCCUGUGCCAGGAUGCUAGACGGCAACGCAUUGGAGUCUCCUAUCCCGACAAGCUUGAGUGGACUGAAGGCGUUGAAGCGCAUGGAUGUGAGCAAGAACAAGUUCUCAGAGAACUUUCCAACUGUCCUCACCCGGAUGACACGAGUGGAGCACAUGAAGCUGAGCAACAAUAACUUCACAGGCAGCAUCCCUGCCUCCAUCAGCUCUCUUGCUUCCCUCACCUACCUUGACCUGCAAGUACCAACACUCACGGGCUCCAUCCCGGCCUCCAUGGGCGCCAUGCUCAAUCUGCAGUACCUGUCAGCCGCCCCUCUCUUCCUCCCCUUCCUCUCCAACCCUCUUUUCCACAUCUCCUAUGUCAACUACGAGGCAACGCCAUGUGGUUACGACGGCAAGUGCGAGGUGGAGCAGUACUCUGGCACAGCCUUCUGCCGCGCCUGCACUGACUUCUGCGACACAUGCUUCCGCAAGGGUGAGGAGGAGGGUAAUGUGAAGCUCUGA